AUGGCCACACACCAAUCUCUGUUAGACAACCCUAGAAAAUCCGUUUCCAGAACUGUAUGCUUAAUCCUCUCUGUAGCUGUUGUGCUGACUUCAUCAGCUCUUAUUGCAUCUUAUCUCAUAAAACCCACCUCCUUCCUCAACCACACAAUCUCUCACCAUGUUUGUCAGCAUGCAGUUGAUACUUCAAACUGCUUAGCACAUGUCUUGGAAGUGGUUCAAGAUCCGAUCUUAACUGCCACACAAAACCACAAACUCGGUUUGCUCCAAGCCUUUUUGAUGAAAUCCACCUCACACUUUGAGAGGGUGAAGGAGGCAGCCAAUGCUAUCAAGGUGAGGAUGAACAAUCCAAGAGAAGAAGCUGCCUUGCGGGACUGCGUGGAGCUGAUGGAGUUGUCCAUGGACAGAGUUUGGGACUCAAAGAUGAGUCUAACUACAGAGACCACUGAUUCGCUGCGAGAUGCACACACUUGGCUCAGCAGCGUGCUCACGAAUCAUGUAACUUGCCUGGAUGGAUUGGAGGAGGCAGGUCGAAGGCUUAUGGAGGCAGAGCUUGAGGACUUGAUCUCCAGAGCAAGAACCUCUUUAGCCAUGGUUGUUGCUGUUUUGCCUCCAAAUGGAAAGGUUGAACAGAUGAUCGAUGUGUCACUAAAUGGGGAGUUUCCCAGAUGGGUAACAAGCAAGGAUCGGAAGCUGUUAGAGUCUUCCGCUGAAGACAUCAAGGCCAAUGUCGUGGUGGCUAAGGACGGGAGUGGUGACUUUGAGACCGUUGCGGAAGCUGUGGCAUCAGCACCGGACAAGAGCAAGAAGAGGUAUGUCAUUCAUGUGAGAAACGGAACAUACGAAGAGAACGUUGAAAUCGGUAAGAAAAAGAAGAACGUGAUGCUGGUGGGUGACAGCAUGAAUAAUACUAUAAUCACCGGAAGCUUGAAUUACGUCGACGGAACGGGCACCUUCAGGACUGCUACGGUUGCGGCGGUUGGGGAUGGAUUCAUAGCCCAGGACAUUUGGUUUCAAAAUACAGCAGGCCCACAAAAGCACCAGGCAGUGGCUCUUCGCGUGGGCGCUGAUCAAUCGGUGAUAAAUCGUUGUCGCAUGGACGCGUAUCAAGACACUCUCUACGCCCACUCCAACAGACAGUUUUACCGUGACUCCUUCGUCACAGGCACCAUCGACUUCAUCUUCGGAAACGCAGCUGUUGUCUUCCAGAACUGUAGGCUGGAGGUCCGAAAGCCCAUGCGUAGUCAGAAAAACAUGGUCACUGCCCAAGGACGAACAGAUCCGAACCAAAACACUGGAACUUCAAUUCAACAAUGUUAUGUGUCCCCCAGUGCGGAUCUUACGCCCGUCAUAGACUCUUUCCAAACAUUUCUGGGUCGCCCCUGGCAGAACUUCUCUAGAACUGUGGUGAUGCAGUCGUUUCUGGACAAGCACAUUGACCCAGCAGGAUGGUCAGAAUGGGAUGAGAAACACAAAGACUAUUUGGAAACCUUAUAUUAUGGAGAGUACAUGAACAGAGGACCAGGUGCUGGUACCAGUCAAAGAGUGAAUUGGACUGGUUACCACAUAAUCCAAACCGCAGCCCAGGCCAGCCAGUUCACUGUAAAACAACUCAUUCAAGGUGAUGUUUGGUUGAAGAACACCGGGGUCAACUUCAUUGAAGGUCUAUAA